UUUCACUCAUUCUUCCUUUUGAAAAAGAGCCUAUCUCCACAAUAUCAUAAUACUCAUGGGCGGAUCUUCGCAGCAGCAGCAACAACAGCAGAUAGAUGUUUCUCGUAUGUGCGGUGUAGGUCUAAUGACUACCGAUCACUACGAUGAUCUUCCUAAUUUUAUUCAGCAAGCAGAGGAGGCUGGCCAUGAGUUUGUUGUCAUCCCCAUCUCCCAUCCAACUUUUCGGCGUGUAUUAAACGAGAAUAAUUCAGUAGAGACGCAGGCACACGAAGCUUGGAAAGAAAGGCCCAUGUUUAAUAUCAAGGACCUUGUUAUUAAAUCUGCAGAAUGGUCUUCAAGAGUUGUUGGCUUAUUACCCAAUUGGAUUCAAUUGGAAUCAUCUAAUUCAGAUAUUAAACUAUGUUCAGAAAUAGCCUUGAAACAAGAAAUAGACUGGGCUUGCCACAUUGGUUUACCUGGCGUUCUCUUCCCUACAUUACCAAAAAAGGGUUCUUUGAAGAAUACAGCUAGAGUGAUUCAACGUCUUCUCAAAUCCAUGACAAUAACUCAGUUAAUGGUUCAAGUACCUUUAACGUAUAAAGAGAAUAUUCAAGGAAACUUGCCGUGGAAACGUUGGAACCAACUUCGUGCAUUGUGCAAUACUGAAUACCAACAUAGACUUUCUGUCGCUCUCGAAAUUACGCCGGAAUUGCCUUCAGAUGAACUACUGUUAAACAUGUGGAUAGCAGAACCGGUCAAAGCUGUCAUCGUUCGUGGUGAGACUUUUGUCCCCAAUGCAAAGGGUUAUCCUGUCCUUCCAAAGCCACAUCAACGCUUCCUACAGAAAUUAAUGGACAAACUUAAACCUGAUUUUAUUGUCACCGUGCCCAAUACACCUUUGCAUGAAAAAGCAAACCCCAGCUCCUAUUGCGAAUAUAUUCAUUAUUUGAACCGACAUUUACCACUUCAAACGGAAGAAGAGCAGUUUGCAACUGGGUAUCACGAUUAUUUGCAAGCUCCACUUCAACCUUUGAUGGACAAUUUAGAAAACCAGACAUAUGAAGUCUUUGAAAAGGACCCCGUGAAGUAUCAGCAAUAUGAAAAAGCUGUCUAUAAGGCAUUAUUAGAUAGAGUAGAACAUGGAUCUGAUUAUGUGACAACAAUCAUGGUUGUAGGUGCUGGCAGAGGACCUUUGGUAGAUCGAUGUCUACAAGCAGCUGAAAAAUCAGAACGUAAAGUUUUUAUCUAUGCAUUGGAGAAGAAUCCAAAUGCUUUUGUCACUUUACAGAAUAAGAAGACUCAACAAUGGGGCGAUCGAGUUGAGCUCGUCUUUGCUGAUAUGCGACAAUGGAAUCCGCCCAAGCAAUGUGAUAUUCUUGUCAGUGAGCUCUUGGGCUCAUUCGGCGAUAACGAGCUUUCUCCUGAAUGUUUAGAUGGCGCACAAAAAUUCAUCAAAGAAGAUGGUAUUUCGAUCCCUGCUUCUUAUACCAGUUACAUCUCUCCCUUAGCAUCCAGUCGAAUCUUUGGCAAUAUUAAUCUCUACAAAGACAUCAAACAUUUUGAAACGCCCUAUGUUGUUCUAUUUCAGCAGGUCUGCGAAUUGGCUGCUCCCCAAUCUCUAUGGUCUUUCAAGCAUCCCAAUGAUGCGUUGAGUGAGAAACAGAAGAAAGGGCAACACAUCAACACUAAUCUACAUAACGUGCGCCAUGCACAUGUGGAAUUUAAGCAGAUGAAACAUGAUAUGAUAAUGCACGGUUUGGCUGGCUAUUUUGAAUGUGAACUUUAUGGUGAUGUGACAUUGUCCAUUUUACCUUCAACCCAUUCUCCCAACAUGUUCAGUUGGUUCCCUAUUUUCUUUCCACUCCAAAAACCGGUGCAAGUAUUGAAAGACUCGACCGUAUCAGUUGAUUUCUGGCGUCUGACAGAUGAAAGUAAAAUCUGGUUCGAAUGGUCUGUGUCAGUAGAGAAUGAAGAAGGAGACAUGAUUAGCACCUCAACUAUUCAUAACGCCAAUGGUCGAUCUUCCUACGUAGGACUUUGAGGAAGAUAUUGCUGCCUCUUUUUUUUUUUUUUCAAAUUAACACUUGAAUAAAUUACUUGCUGUACGAAAAGAUGGUUUAUAACAUUAUCAGAGAAAAGAUCAGGACAAAAUAUUAUAACAAGUGUUAAUGCUGAUGUACGUUUUUUUCUUCAUUGUUUUUUUUUUUUUUUUCUACCGACUCGAAAAGAUUA